CGCCCUCUGCUCACGUGUGCUGUAAUUGUAGUCGGCUCCUGUAGCGACCUCCCUGCCUGGCGAGCUCCUGGCGCUGAUCGCCCGCUAUUUUCGCAGCUGGUAAGGGAGAUCGGAGGCUCCGGCCGAGGAGCGCCGCCGCCCGUAAGCGCACCAACAGCAGCCGAGAAGGCAGAGGCGGCAGGCGCGCUCGGGCGCUCAAGGUGACUUCUGCCCCACCCCGAGCUGGCUGGUUCAGAUAAAUGUAUCCAAUAUGGACCAUCCCUUGGACUGCCUUGGGCAUCUCCUGUGGAUGCUGAUGUUGGUUCAUUUGCCACUGCAAGAAGUCCAUGGGUUUUUCCCCAACAUCUGGUCUCGGACCAUGGGCUUCACCUGGGGAUCCAUCACCCACCAGGACAUGACUGAAGAUGCAAUUCUGAACAUCACUCUUCGCCUCUUUUUGGAGAUACCUCACCCUACCAAGGGGAAUCGCAUCCAAGAAGAGGACUUUAAGGACAAGACCCUAUUGGCUGAUGACAUCUUUGCCGCUUUCUAUGGUCCUGAGGUGUCGGCCAAGCGUUUCCGUGGAGCCAUUGCAGAAGUGGCCAAUGCCAAUGCCGCCAUGGACUUUGGGAAUACGACCCGGGAUGACCCCAUUUUCCACUUCGAUUCGGAGCUCAUUCACUCUGCCAAUAGCUGGCUGUUGCACGUUCGCAAAGAGAUCCUUCAAGCUGUGCAUUCUGAGCAAUAUGGCAUUGCCCGAAAAAAGCUGGGACAGCUGCUCCAUUCCUUGCAGGAUUUCUACAGCCACAGUAACUGGGUAGAACUGGGAUAUGAAGGAAUACUCCUCGACUUGGUUCAGCCAGGCCGCCAAAUUCAGUCUGUUGCUGAAGCUGGCCUCCGGACUUGCCAAGACUGCUCUGAAUGGACCUGCAAAGGAAAUCUCUUGGACAAGCUCGCUGUUCUCACCACGGGUUACUAUGGCUCCCGUCCCGAAAAGCCUAUUGGGAAGUGCAGUCAUGGCGGGAGGUUUGAUGAGAGCCGCCAUCAAGAACCUCGAGGCGGCAUCAAUAAGGACAGCGCCUCCAAGUUCUUCUCACCUCACCAUUACCUGCACCAGAAGGCAGCUAGGCUGGCCCAGGAGGCCUCCGUACACUUCCUGGAGAAGAUGUGGCGAGAAAUAGGGGACAGGCAAUUUAUGAGGUUGCUAGAUAUCAGCCCAACCACAGGCCUGAGCUUUGUUGUGGACACCACUGGAAGUAUGGGGGAAGAGAUCAGCGCGGCUAAGUUUCAGGCACGGGAGAUCAUUGAACGGCGCCAAGGCACCCCUCAACAACCAGAUUUUUACCUCUUGGUGCCUUUCCACGAUCCCAGUUUUGGACCAGUCAGUAAGACCAGUAACCCUGAAGAAUUCUGGGAAGUCUUAAACACCAUCAGCCCGUUGGGUGGUGGAGAUGAGCCUGAAAUGUGUCUAUCAGCCCUGGAGCUUGCGCUCCAGAACUCGCCUCCCUAUUCUGAGAUCUUUGUCUUCACUGAUGCAUCAGCUAAAGAUGCUCACCUGAAAAACAGUGUGGACUCCCUAAUUCAGGAAAAGAAGUGCAAGGUGACCUUCCUAAUCACAGAAGAUCCAUCCAAGACUCGAACGAAGCGGGAAACGCUUGCCCCGAAUCGAUUCGACUUGUAUGUUCACUUGGCUGAGAGUUCGGGAGGCCAGAUUAUAUUCACAGACAACGAUAAUAUCCGGCGGAUGGCAGAGAUUAUUGGCGAAUCCAGUUUAUCUUCGGUGACUCUCUUUCGCUACCACAAAGGAAACAUCUUGAGACCUAAAGGGACUCAACGGAGGACAAAGAAGCAGGUUUCCCAAUUGGCAAACCACCAGUUCUGGAUUGACAGUUUGGUGGACCACGUGGUGGUGACCAUCCAAGGCUCCGUGGAGUUCUUUGAAAUAAGGGACCCUACAGAUAGAUUCCAAACUGGUACGACAAUUCACGGUCCCUUAGCCAAGAUCGAGCACAUUGGUGGAAUUUAUAGAGCAUUCCUUUCUGCUCCUGUCCAUCCUGGUGAAUGGACUUUGAAACUUUGGCCCAAGGGGCAUUAUUUGGUGCACAUUCAAGGUCGGAGCACCCUCGAUUUCUUGUAUUAUUUUGCUGUUCCUGUUGAUGGACGUCACCCAGGGUUAUUCAUGCUGGAUAGUCCUCCUGUUGAAGGUUUGCCUAUCUACCUGGUUGUCAUGGCAAUUGGUCUGAACCAGACCAAGUCGGGCUCUGUUCAGCUACAGUCGGUGAACUUAGAAGCAAGAACAGGCAGCCUUGGGGAGUUAAAACUACAGAGAAGAGACGGCCGGAUGGACCUGUUUGUGGCCAAGCUGCCUCCGACUCUAUUAACCACCAACAGCUUUUCCAUCGUGGUACAUGGAAUGGACGGUGAGGGCCAGAAGUUGGAGAGAUCUGCUCCUCAAGUUGCAACUGUCACAGGAUCCCUCCUAGAGCUGAGCAGGGAGACUCCCGUGUUCCCAGGAAGACGUGUUUCCAUCUCCUGGAAGGUCACAAAUCCAGGUACACCUAAAUAUUAUGGACUAAAAGUGAUCAGCCUUCCCCGGAUUCCAGCCGACAUCUCUAAUGCCAGACUACAAUUAGGCUUCAACCAAACAGGGACAGGGCAGAUAUUCCUGAAUAUUCCUGAUUCUGCUCUACCUGGGUCACUGAUUACGAUAACCUUGCAGGCCAGCUCUCUCAACUCCUCUGCAGAUCCCGAUUUUGCCCAUAUCGAUCUUCUGGUGAUGCCUCAACCUCCGGUGGAGACCAUCUCAUCCCCAGUAUGCAAUGUUACAUCUUCAGAGAAUUCCUGUGGUCCACCACAGUCCCCUUGUCACAGCCAAAGAUGGACAGCCACCUUGCAGAUCUGGGACAAAGCCGGUAUUCACUCCGUGCAGGUGGAAAAUGGUCUGGUGCUUCCUCACCAAGCCCACGGGCUGGUGGAAGUGGUCACUUACACCUCAGAUUGCUGCUCACAGCGGGCGGAACUGGCGGUCACCAACCUUCUUGGGGAGAAAUACCGAUGCCAAGUUGAAGUAAUGCCUCCUGUCCUUCCUGGCAAGACCGUAACCACACCUCCAGAUGAUUCUAGGAUGGUGGCAGACGCUGCUGAUGCUGAUGAUAGGGCUGUUGCUCCUUCUGCCACCAUCUGGUGGUGGAUCUCAACAAUCUUGUUGGUCAUUGUGUGGGUAGGACCAUAACGCGGCCAUUUAUGGGAGCAGUUCUUGGUGUUUUGGCUGCCCUCUGCUGGCAAAUGGUGGUAUUUUACCUUAUUGGAGAGUGAAGUUAAAAAGAGAGGAUGGGAUGAGAAGGAGAGCAAAAUCUAACACUGGAUGAGGAAGGAAGGAAGGAAGGAAGGAAGGAAGGAAGGAAGGAAGGAAGGAAGGAAGGAAGGAAGGAAGGAAGGAAGGAAGGAAGGAAGGAAGGAAGGAAGUAAGUCCUCAAAGGACCAUUGUAGGAUGUCACAUUGGAAAGCCUGGCCAGUGGAAAGGGAAAGUCACUAAAAUUCUCCUACCUGAUUGGAAGAGCUGAGUUAGAGAGAGAAGAAGAAUUUUUUUUCUUUAAUGGGGCAGAACAUCCAUUAACAUAAACUUGUGGCUUUUGACCGGGUAGCCAGGACUGUUCAUCUAUCUGGUGGUGUUUUCUAACUAUGAGCUUGCUCUCUAGUGUGAGAUGGGCUCCUUGAAAAAAAAAUUUUUAACUGGACAUGGUAGGAUAGUAUCUGUAUGCAGACAAUGGGCUUUAGACCUAGGAUGUGAUUUCCCAAGAGGGAUUGUCCAAAGGCCUAUGUGGGGCCUGAACCCACAGUCUUGCUGCUAGUAACCACAUGCUUUGAUGGGCAGUACUAGUUUUGGGGUUGCUAGUCCUACAGGCUAAGCAUGCUGACCCCAUCUCUUGGCAUCAUUCCAUCCCAGGUGAUUCUGCCAGCCGUGCAUGGAGUCUGCUGCAAUUCUUUCAGCUUCUCCAAAUGUCUCUGGUCUUCAGUUGUAGAUAUUUACUCCUUUCUGAUCACAGGAACAUGCUGCCUGUUCCUCCUCUUUGCUCUUAACUCCCUAGAAGUGGGAUUAAUUUUGUUUUGGAGCCGCUUCUGCUAAAACAGCCUUCCCCAACCUGGUCUCUUUGAGAUGUGUUGGAAAUCCAACAUUUCCUCUGAGCAUGAAGGGAACAUAACUGAAAGGCACAAGGGAAAAUGUGGGGAAAUUUGAAAUGAAGGCUCAUAGAAU